AUGGCAGACGAAGAAAUUGAAGCUCUCGAGCCCUCGCUCCGCAACGUCCUCGAACAGCAGUCUCUGCGCUGGGUCUUUGUCGGUGGGAAAGGUGGUGUGGGGAAGACAACUACAAGUUGUUCUUUGGCUACACAAUUGUCGAAAGUCCGCGAGUCCGUUCUCCUGAUCUCCACCGAUCCCGCACACAACUUGUCCGAUGCUUUCGGUCAGAAGUUCUCAAAGAACCCCACGUUGGUCAACGGCUACACGAACCUCUACGCUAUGGAAAUCGACCCCACUGGCAGCAUUCAGGAAAUGAUCGAAAGCUCACAAGAGACGAAUAUGCAAUCACAUCUGCAAGACAUGGCUUUCGCCAUCCCGGGUGUCGAUGAAGCUAUGAGCUUUGCUGAAGUCAUGAAGCUCGUGAAAUCCAUGGACUACUCCACCAUCGUCUUCGACACGGCACCAACAGGCCACACCCUCCGAUUCCUCUCCUUCCCCACCGUUCUCGACAAGGCCCUCGGAAAGCUCUCCCAGCUUGGAGGUACAUUAGGCCCAAUGCUGCAGUCAAUGGGACCCAUGAUGGGCAUGCCCGCAAACACCGAGGACGUUUUCGGGAAGCUGGAGAGCAUGCGUGCUGUCAUCCAGGAAGUCAACACCCAGUUCCAGGAUCCCGACAAGACAACUUUCAUCUGCGUGUGCAUCUCCGAGUUCUUGUCCCUAUAUGAGACCGAACGUAUGAUUCAAGAGCUUACAACAUUCAACAUCGACACCCACAACAUCGUCGUCAACCAGCUGCUGUACCCUCCCAAAGGCUCAACAUGUGAGAACUGCGGCGUCCGUGCGAAAAUGCAAGGGAAGUAUCUGGAGCAGAUCCACGAGCUGUACGAGGACUUCCACGUCGUCAAGAUGCCGUUGUUGACAAAGGAGAUCCGAGGCGUAGAUAGCAUCAAGGAGUUUUCGGAACUGCUUGUUCAUCCGUAUCAGCAACCUGACGCGUAA